ACGGGCCAUGAGGUGGUGUGUCAAGAUUCCGUUCUAUUUCCUGAAGGAGGAGGACAAAACUCGGAUCAAGGCCAGCUCAAUGGAUGGCCCGUGUUGCAAGUGAGUCGGAAAGGUCUGCAAGCCGUUCAUUUUGUGGCGGACUCGCCCGGUUUUUCAGUGGGUGAGGUGGUCCAACAAGAAGUGGAUUGGACCCGCCGAUUUGACCAUAUGCAGCAACAUACCGGCCAACAUUUGAUCUCGGCCUUAUUUGAAUCCCAAUUGGAGAUCAACACCACGUCGUGGUGGAUGGCCGAAAACAAUGGCGACAAGGUUGGGGUCUCCUACAUAGAAUUGGAUCAACCAAACAUCACAAAGGAGCAACUCCAACAAAUAGAAGAUCAAUGCAAUCAAGCUAUUCGUGAACAUCUGGACGUACGCGUUCAUGUAUAUGAGGAUGCUCAUGAUCCUGCCCUAACGGUGGCUCAUACCAGGGGAUUACCGGAUGAUCUGGCUGGACCCGUGCGGGUGGUCAACAUCGGCUCUUUAGAUAGCAACAUGUGUUGUGGCACUCAUGUGAAAAACCUGUCUGAACUUCAGGCCAUAAAACUCUUGAGUGUAGACAAAGGAAAAAAAUCCAAGAGCCUGCUCAAUUUUGUGGUUGGUAAUCGGGUCUUGAAGUACUUGAACAAUGGUUUCCAAAGAGAACAAGCCCUGACUCAAAUCUUGAAAGGCGGUAUCGACGACCACAUCGAUCUGGUGGGCAAGUACGUCAAGAAUGUGAAGAUCGCACAGAAAACAUUACAGAACGUUCUGAAGGAGUUGGCUGUCAUGGAAGCCAAUGUGAUCAACCAACAGAACGACAGGAAAUUCGUGCUUGUUCACAAGAAAGACGGAGACAGCGAUUACAUGAACACCUUUCUUCAUGAGAUGAUAAACAAGGAUCUCUUUGUGUGCAUCGCGGUGGGAGAUGAAACUCAGGGCCCGUGUCAAUUAGCCAUUGUAGGCCAGGAAGACAUUGUUCAGGAUCUUGGACCAAGGUUAAUAAAAAUCUUAGGAGGAAAAGGGGGUGGAAAAGGCCAUCGAAUCAAUGGUCGGAUCCCGUCAUUCAAGUCCUGGCCCAAUGUUGUGAAGGAAGUGGAAGCGUAUUUUUCCGAUUAACAUCAUUUUAUUGUCAUUCCUUGUGAGCAUUUGUGACUAUUAAUAUAAAGCUUUGAUGGC